AUGCACGUCAAUGUAAAUGAAAACCUGCCCAGGGCCCUGAGCUUCGCGGAUGAUGCCGGUUUGUUCUGUGAUUGUUGUUCGUUGCUUUUGCGGCAUAAGCAAAUUCUUACAAACGCAAAAUCUUAUGAAUGCAGUGAAUGUGGAAGAGUCUUCAGGCGUCAGGCAAAUUUCAUUCGACAUCAAAGAAUUCACACAUCAGAGGAUCCCUUUGAAUGCGACAUAUGCGGGCAAGCCUUCAAACAUAAGUCUACUCUUCUUGUCCAUAAACAGUGUCACCCUCAAAAAAAGCCAUAUAAGUGUCAUGACUGUGGAAAAUUUUUCCGUCAGAUGGCAUAUCUUAUUGAACAUAAAAGGAUCCAUACCAAAGAAAAGCCCUAUAAAUGUAGUGAGUGCGAAAGAACGUUUAGUCAGAAUUCAACCCUUAUUCGACAUCAGUUAACCCACAGUGGAGAAAAACCCCAUAAAUGUCACGAAUGUGGAAAGGCCUUUGGUUGGCAUUCGACCCUUCUGAGCCAUCAACAGAUUCAUACUAAACAAAACACUCACAAAUGCAGCAAAUGUGGAGAGUCCUUUAGCCGGAAUGUGGAUCUCAUUCAGCAUCAAAGAAUGCAUGCCAAGGAGGAAUUCUUUGAAUGUAGAGAAUGUGGAAAAACUUUUAGUUUUAAGGCAAAUCUUCAUGGCCAUGAGGUCAUUCAUACUGGAGAGAGACCCUACAGAUGUGACAAAUGUGGAAAAUCUUUCAUCUGGCGCACAAGCUUUAUUAAGCAUCAGGGUACUUACAAAGAAUGGAUAUCAAUGUGA